AAACUAUCUAACUUGCUAUUUGUGUGGCGUCGCGUGUUCAUCGCGAGUACAUUUCUCUCUUCGCUCUGUGGAUUUGGAUUUUUGGCUGUUUUCCGCCCGACAAAAAAACCCAAACACAUUUAAAUAGUCUUAUAUAGUAAAAAAAAAAAUAAAAUUAAACAUAAAAAAAGGAAAACCCUGAAGAUACAUAACUCUACACACACCAAUAUACCACACACACACCUAUAACAACAACAGUAAAGAAAAAUAAAAUGCCACAUAAAAGUUAUAAAAGUGCUAAAUACGCAGAAAUACUCCAAGAUCCCUGAAUUCAAAAGAAAAACGAAAAAAGUACCGCGUAAAAUAUAUAAAUCAAUGCAAAUGAAAAACAAAAACUUGUGAAAAACUGGAAAUAUUAAAAAAAAAUCUCUAAGAAAAAAAAGCAAGUGAAAAAUAAACGGGAAGAAUUUUUUUUGGUGUUCCUUAUUUUGGUGUUUUUUUUUGCGACCGUUUUGCCCCCUUUUGACGCAAAAAGUGCGCAACAACACUUGUGAGACGGCGGGAACGGGGUAGAAAUAGAUAUAGCCGAAACCGACUGGAAAGCAAAAAAGAAACUAACCAAAUUGGAUUACAAUUAAACUGAAUAGAGAGACGGAUACGAGAACGCUGUUCAAAGAGACAGCCGAUAAAACUCAGGAACAUUUAAGAUAUUUAGUAAUCAAACCAGAUUCUGACACAAUGGCAUUAUCGACUAAUUCCCUAUUGGAUGGAUUGGAUGAAGUAGAUCACAUGAUGUCCUUCCAAUUUGAUAACGUAUUGGAUAACGAUUUGUUUUACCACGAUGAAGCAUUAGAAGCAAUGUCCACAAUUAAAAGUGAUGUGGAGAGGAUCGGUGAUAUGGUAUUCGGAAGCUUAAAAACCGAGGAAGAUAUUAAGCCAGAGAUCCGGAAUGGCGAUUGUAUGUGGUCGUCAAAUGUUGCCUGUUUGAGCAUCGGCAACGCGGCAGCCAACCGUUCUGGUAACAACAGUGCAGCCUCGUCGUACAGUGAAAGCAAUGCCUUACCGUUGUCUAUGGUUUCUGGCUUCACAAAUCCCUAUAGUCUAUAUUUACAAUCACAGACGACGGAUGGUACAUCUGAUACCUACAGCCCCAUAACCAGCCAGUCAAAUAAGAACCAGGUUGGUGGUAAUUCCGAUAGUAUACCAAUCAUUAUGCCGACCAUUAAGAAAGAAAUCAUUGAUACGGACUAUAUGUUCAGCCAGAAGCGCCGGCGUUUGAGUGGUGGCGAUAAGAAGUCCCAGAUUCAGGACGCAGAUCAAUUGAUACCGCCCGGUGGUAGUCUCCUCCGCAAAAGGAAUAAUAACCUAACAACAUUGCCCAUACGCAAAAUAGAAGAGCGCUUGAAUGAUAACAUAAAUUACCUGAGACCCGAUACACCUCAUAGUCUUACCGAUGAAGUGGCUGCACCAGAAUUUAGACAUAGUGUAGAUUUGCGUGCCUGUGUUAUGGGCAGCAAUAAUAUCUCGCUGACCAACGAGGAUAAUUUCAUUAAUCAAAUUAGCCGGGAUCUUCAGAAUGGAAAGGAUCAGAUACCCUCACGUUUCCCUACACCGGCAUUAAACGAUCUCCUUGAUGUGCUCAACCAGCAAGUUAAUUCAACAAACAGCCAACAGCAAUCGAUGUCCAAUAGCCUAGAUAUGGAUGAACAACAGCAGGCGAUCGAUAUUGCCACUGGUUCGACCACAGUGACCUCUCCACCGUCGACCGGUUCUGAUAGCGAUUCGGAUGAUGGUGAAUCCCUUAGCUUUGGACUGCGUCAUCAUCGCAGUACCAAGACAAGCAACAACAACGCCACCACCGCCAACAGCAGCAGCAACAACAACAGCAGUAGCAACAACAAUAACAACAACGGAAUCUACAUGAUGCACAUCAGCGAUCACAGUUACACGCGCUGCAACGAUAUGGUGGACGAUGGACCCAAUCUUGAAACUCCUUCCGAUUCCGAUGAGGAAAUCGAUGUGGUCUCGUACACGGACAAGAAGCUGCCCACGAAUCCCUCGUGUCACGUUAUGGGCGCCCUGCAGACCAAGAUGGCCCACAAGAUAUCCAUUGAUCACAUCAGGCAGAAUCCGCGCUACAACACCAACUACAAUCUGCCGUACACGCCGGCCAGCAGCAGUCCCGUUAAAUCCGUAGCCAACUCUCGCUACCCAUCGCCAUCGAGCACUCCUUACCAGAAUAGCUCAUCUGCUUCGCCAUCCUAUUCGCCGCUAUCCAUGGACUCAUCAAAUGUCAGCUCUAGCAGCUCCAGUUCCAGUUCGCAUUCGAGUUUCACCAUCACCAAUCCGAACACCAAGGGACGCAAGCGAACGUGCCUGAAGACACCAGGAGGUGGAAUCACCUCUAGCAUGGUACUGCCGGGUGGUGGCAUGCAAAACAACAACGCCAUGAUGACCAAAAAGUGUCGCGGCAAGAAGCUGGUUAACUCUUCGGCCUUGUCUUCGGGCAGUAUAUCACCGAUUUCGGGUGGUCAGGAUACUGAUCCAAUGGAUCGCAACUGGCAGCGACGCAAUGGCGGAAGCAAUGGUAUGGCUUCCAGUGCCAGCACAAGCAGCAGUGUCCUCCGGAAGGACUUUGUUUUGGGUUUGGACGAGGCUGAUACGAUCGAGAAGCGUAAUCAGCAUAAUGAUAUGGAGCGCCAGCGUCGCAUUGGCUUAAAGAACCUCUUUGAGGCUCUGAAGAAACAGAUCCCCACCAUUAGGGACAAGGAGCGGGCUCCGAAAGUGAAUAUACUGCGCGAGGCGGCCAAGUUGUGCACUCAACUGACCCAGGAGGAGCAAGAGUUGAGUAAGCAACGCCAGCUGUUGAGCAUGAAGCUCAAGCAGCAACAGGAGAUCCUUGCCCGCUACAAGCUGGUGAAAACCGAACCGCACUCCUCGGUCAGUGGAUAGUGUUGUCUCGUACUAUCGGCUUAAGGCGGCGGCGUAGAGCUAGGUACCUCAUAGUAACCUAAUUUUUCUUUUUUUUUUUUUUGGCCUUGAUUUUUCUUUUUGAUUUACCUUUGAUUUGAUUCGUUCUUGACCUUAAGCCUUUGAUAUAUAUAUAUAUGUAGAAAAUAGGAUUUUUUUUUCUGUGGAGAACUUCAAUAUCAGCUAGUAGGUUAUAUAAUAUAUUUAAAGAUUUGCUUGCUUUUUUUUUUUUUUUUUGUACCAUUCAACAGGGAGGGAGAAGGUGUAACUCUACCCAUCUCUCUCUACAAGUGAUUUAACAAAUUUUAUUUGUUUAAUGUGAUAUAUAAUAUGAUUUUCUUUCCGCGCGAAUCGAUUUGGCAUGGAAAUUAACGAGAACCGGUUUUAUGGAAUCAAGAUGAAGUGUUUUUUUUUUCGCUGCAUAUAUUAAAAAUUACACUAGGAUUAGACUUAAGACUUAGGUUUUAGGUAGGGGGGGGGUCCCUGUAUAUAUAUAAUAUAACAUUAUUCUUUAGGUUAUAUUAUAAUUAUUUUUUUGAAUUGGCUACUUAACCAUGAAGUAAACAAAAAAAAAGUAAGGGAAAACAUGAUUAACACAACAACUACAAAACAAACAAAAAUAAGGACAAAGAACCAAACAAUGAAAACUGAAAGUAAAAGUGAAGAAAGAUAGAGAUAGAGCAUAGAAAGCGAGCGAGCGAGAGAGAUAGAUAGAAGAGUGAGGAGAAAUACAAACAAACAAACAAACAAACAAACGAAAAGGGAAACACAAAAAGAAAAACAAAAACAAAAACGGAUACGGAAAACAGACAAAAGUUACAACGAAAGAGCCACAAAGAGGAGAUAGAUGGAGCACACAAAAUCGGAAGUGAGAGAACGAUGAUGGAGAGAGAUAUAUAGGAAUAUAUUAGUAUAGCUAAAAGUAGAAUUUUUGGUUAUAAAAAAAAAAAACAAAUACCCGAACACACAAAAUGGUUCCAAAAAAAAAAGUACUUCUUGACGAAGCAAUAAGCGGGAACCCUAUAUAAUUCGACCCUGGUUGGCUAGUUUUACCUAGAAGAACUACUAACCACUUUAUAUAACUAUGGGUAAACAUUUUUUACAUGCGCUUUUGAGUCCUAUAUCUUUAAAGAGGCGCGCAUCCUUGCAGCAGUAAAACCCCAACCUACUAUAUCUGCAUGAAUCACCUUAAUGCUUUUGCUUAGAAACCCAGAUAUCCCAAUGCUAUAACCCAUUUAUAUAAAUAUAUGUAUAUUUAUAUAUAUAUAUAUAUACAUAUAUUUAUAGACCUGUUAAAUGACGCGAAGAAGAAAGGGAAAACGCUUUUUAUAUAGUUAGACCCCAAAAACAAAACAAAAUAACUUGAACUCUACUGCCUAUAUUGAGAAAAUACAUUUUAUUUGCUAUGAAGAUUCAAAUAUGAAUACAGUUAUAUAAGUGUACAUAUAUAGGAACCUUUUUACAAUCAUUAUCUUUUACUAUAUAUAUAUAUAUUUUUUUUUGCUAGGUAUAUAUAUAUAUAAAUAUAUAUAUUUUUUAACUGAUAACUAUGCAUAUGAAAUGCGCAAAACUUAACGAAAACAAAACGGAAUUAAGAAAACUUUAAACUAUUUAAUAGUGCUAAAUCUAAACGAAAACCUCUCUUGAAUAGCUGAUAUAUAUAUAUAUAUAUAUGAAUAUAAAUAUUAAUAAGAAGUGAGAGAGCGAAAGAGUGGAGAAAUUGGCUGCAAAGUUUGUGAUUGGAGUUUAGAGAGAUAUAUACACCCACGACCCAAGACCCAAGAGAACUCAAACUUUUGUGAGCUGUUUAACUGUCGAUUUUUUGCUAAUAAGUUAUGGCCUCUCGGCAAUAUGUUAUAAUAUAGAUAUAUAUAUAUGUAUGAUAAACGAUUAUAACAAUUGUUUACACGCAUCUAAAUAUCAACUAAAAAUAACUACUACUAAACUAAAGGACUUGGAGGAUAAAUUAAGGGAAUGCGAAUGAAGUUAAAUUAGCGCAUGAUGAGAGAUGAUGUGAGGGAGGGAGGUAUGUAGGAGGGAAACACGAACGCGAUUCUAUGGAAAUGUCAACUGUUAUUUAGGUUUAGAAACAGAAAAACACACAUGAUAUGAUGAC